UUUUACAUGUAUUUGCAUAGGUUGCAGAGGCCGGUUGGUGGUACACACCUGUCAUCCCAGCACUCUGGAGGCAGAGGCAGGAGGAUCAGAGGUUCAAGGCUAGUCCAGGCUACAUAGAGAGUUUAAGGCCAGCCUGGGCUACAUGAGACCCUGCCUCAAAAAAACCAAAAGGAUUCAUUUAAAGAAAAAAAGAACCAAAAACCAAAACAGCGUUGACCAAUUAGAACCUUCUGACAAGAACUGGCUGGAGGGGCUGGCUCAGCGGUUAAGAGUACUGGCUGUUCUUGCAGAGGACCUGCCUUCGAUUCCCAUACCUACAUGGUUGCUAACAACUGUGUGUAACUCCAGUUCCAGGGGAUCCAAUGCCCUCUUCUGACCUCCUUGGGCACUGCAUGACAUGGGUGCACUUACAUAGUCAGGCAUUACACUCAUACACAUAAAAUUUAAAUAAAAAACCUGGCUGAAAUAACUGUACCAGCAGCUUUGGCUCACCUGAAAAUAUAUAUGGACCAGCCGGGCAUGGUGGCGCACGCCUUUGAUCCCAACGCUUGGGAGGCAGAGCCUCUCCCAGGCCAACCUUGGCCAGUGUGACCUGUGCAGUGGCCAGCAUGACCUGAGAUGCCCAGGAGCCCAGGCCUCUCCCAUGGUGCCCCAGAGAAGUAGGCGGUGAAGAAGACAGCAGGGUGAACCCCAGGGAGAGAGGAACGUGGAUAACUGAAAUCUGGGGAGGCUGACAGAGGAGAGGUGCAAGACCAGGAGUGAGCUGACUGGCAGUGGAAGAGCCAAGGAUAACACAGAGACAAAGGCAAGAUCUGAGAGCAGGUGGAAAGCAAUCAUGAGCAGCCUGGCCUCACGGCCCCGAAGCCGUCGAGGGAGGCACCCUCCACCCGGGGAGUUGGACCCAGUGGCUGAAACCUCGGAGGAGGCAGAGGCUGCCAGCGGGAACCUCAGGGCCAAGCCUGGGCCUCAGGACAGCCUCCUGCCAGAGCUGCAGGACCCCAGUGCAGAGCCCCAAGAUGGCAGCCAGGGCCCAGGGAGCCAAACUGACCAUGGUGGCUUGGGCUGUGGGGUGCUGGCAUCAGCCCCUGAGGAGCCAAGUGAGGCUGCAGCCCCCAGGGCCCCAGCAGCACCCCAGGAUGUGUUUGAGGCUCUGCAGCAUGCUCUGGGCUCCCUGGAAGUGGCAGCUACCGCCUGGCGCCACCGGUCCCCGAGCUCUCCAGGGCUGAGGGAAGCAGAAGAUGGAGACAAGGGGGGACCAGGGCCCUUUGGUGACCAGGACGAGGCAAGGCAUGGCCGGCAUGAGGCAGCCCGGCUGACCGAAAGGAACGCCUGGUUGCGGCUGGCCCUGGGCAGCCGGGAAGCUGAGCUGGUCCGCACUCAGGCUGUCCUGCAGGCCACCCAGGUUGAGAAGGAGACUCUACAGAGCCAGGUACAGGAGCUACAGAACACACUGAUGCAGCUGGAGACCUCCUGGCCUCCCUCCCUCCCAGCUGGAGGUCCUGGUAGUGACUCCAGCAGCUCUGGAGCAGAAGGGGAACCCUGGACACCUCAGGGCUCCCCCCUGGUUCACCCCAUGCUCCAGUGCCUCCAGAGAAACUCCAGCACCCAGAUCUUUGGGUGUCUUUCUACACAGCGCCGGGCCCCUGAGACACACCUCAUGGAAGACCAACUGGAACAGCUCCAAGGGAGCAUCGAGAAUCUGAAGUGCUUCAACCGCCUCCUGCUGGCCGUGCUCCAGGGUUACAAGGGGCGCUGUGAAAGUCUCAGCAUGCAGCUGGGCCUGCGGGAGGCUGAGGCCACAGCCCUGCACCUGGCCCUGCAAUACAGUGAGGACUGUGAGGAGGCAUUUGGGGCACUGCUGGCUCUGAGAAUGGCCACCAAGGACAGAGCUACCGAGGGUGACCUGCAGGCAGCUGAGGAUGCGGUGACCAGGCUGCUGGCAGAAAAGGAAGCUGCCAUGGAUGGAGGGACACCCCAGCCCAGCCCGGAGGGCAGCAGUGUGGACAAGCCCACACCACAGGAACUGGUUGCUAGGCUCCAUGGCCAUGUGCAGCGUGUCCAGGAACAUCGGGCUUUGGUGAAGAUUCCUCCAGCCCUGGGUCCUGUCCGUGAACCCAGGCCCACUGUGCCCCACACUGAAGCCUCAGUGAUGGCCAUGUUGGAGAUGCAGCCUGGCCCAGCGCUGCCCCGGCUGGAGAAGUCUCAGAUCCAGCAGGACCUGUUGGCCACUCGGGAGGGCCUGGCCGACCUGGCGCUGCGGCUGCAGCUGCUGCGGAAGGAGAAGCGCGGCUUGGAGCUGAGGGAGGCUGCACUACGGACCCAGGGCCCUGCGCUUGCGCUGCUUCUGCAGCAGCUCCGCUGGGAGCGGGCGCACCUGGGGGCCUGCGGGGUGCAGGACAGCAGCGGCAGGGGCAGCAGUGGAGACGCCAGCAGCGAGGAGGAGGAGUGGGCACAGGGCCCUCCUGCCCUCCCAGGUGGCCAGACAGGCAGAGUGUGGGACUCUGAGAACCUGUCCCAAGAACUGGCAGCAUCUCUCACCAGGACCUUGGAGCUGCAAGCACAGUUGCAGGCCCUGCGGUGGCAGCUAGAGCAAAUGGCACAGAAGGGUCGAAUUCGACGUGCUCAUAGUGCAGAGCUCAACAGAGAGCUGUGCAAAGCCCACAGUGCCCUAGUCCUGGCCUUCAGAGGUGCCCACCGGAAGCAGGAAGAGCAAAGCAGAAAGUUGGAACAGCAGAUGACCCAGAUGCAGGCCAGGCAGGCAGAAGAGCUGGCAGCACUGGAAGCCACCGCCAGAUCCCUGGGGAAACCUGGGCCCCAGCCAGGGGAGACAUUCCUGUAGGCCCCAUGCUCAGCUUCUGUGUAACUGCAGUGGUAGCAGACAUGUCAUAAAGUGUCCUGACAUGGGGCUGGAGGGACGGAUCAGCAGUAAGAGCACAGGCUACUCCUGAAGAGGACCUAGGUUUGGUUCCCAGCACCCAUAUAAUGGCUAACAACCUUCUGUGACUCCAGUUACUGGGGAUCAGAGACCCUCUUCUGGCUUCUGCAGGCAUUGCACACAUGCAUGUGCAUAUACUCACACACAGGCACUCACAUACACUUAAUACUAAAUCUUUGAAAAACAUGUCCUUUGUGACACCUACCAUCUUUAUCCCUGGUGGCCGGCCUACCUUUUUCCUAUCCUCACCUUGCCUGGAGGUGGUGGGUCUGACCCGACACCUCCCAAGUGGAGACUUGAGCAUGAGGCUCAGGGUCAGGCAUAGGGUGGUAGUGCUUCUUCCCAGGGCAGAUGGCAGGGGAGGAGGAAUCACAGAAGCCUUUGGGACAGGCAUUUAGAUGACACAUUUGGACUGUGGCCAGAGGUACAGCACUUGCGUAGCAUGGGUGAGGUACUGGAUUCCCAGCCCCAGAGGUUACUGAGCAUGUGCAAUACCAGGUUUCUAGCCCUACCCCCUUACUAUGCCUUCAGGAGGCCCCUGAGGAGAGCUGGGGGAAACAACCACCACCAAUAAACAAAUGGAGUGGGGUGGAGAUCAGUGGGUAAAAUGCCUGCCUAAUGUGCACAAGACCCUGGGUUCCAUCCCAGCACCACAUAAAACUGGGACAGUUUGUGUACAUUUAUAAUCCCAUCACUGAGUUUAAGGUCUGUGAGGGUGAAGCCAGCCUGGACUACAGGAGAUCUUUUCUCAAAACUGAAUGAACAAAGGCUGGAGAGAUGGCUCAGUGGU